AUGGCUACCGUCCUCGCCGGCGCCUCGUUUGGCGCCGCCAUGAUUGCCGCCGGCUUCUCCAACCCGGCCGUCGUCAUCGCCCAGCUGCGCUUCUCCAACUGGCACAUGAUGCAGGCCUUUCUCGCCGCCACCGCCUCGAGCAUCGACCGCGCCGGCUGGGCCAAGCUCACGCCCCGCGCCUCAGCGCCCCUCGGGCUGCUCCCCACCACGUACGACGGGAACCUGCUCGGCGGCGCGCUCCUCGGCGCCGGCAUGGCGCUGUCCGGGUCCUGCCCGGGCACGCUGUUUGCGCAAAUGGCCGCGGGCGUGCACACGGGCUUCUACGCGCUCGCCGGGGCACUGGCCGGCGGCGUGCUGUGGACCGGCGUGCUCAGCCCCGUCGUAGCGCGCCGGCGCAAAGCACCCGUCACCGUCACCGUCAACGAGUACCUCGGCGUGUCCAAGCCCGCCGCCAUGCUGCUGUACGAGCUCGUCUUCAGCGGCGUGCUCGUCGCCACCGCGCGCUACGCCCCGGCGCGCUUCCCCGGCACCAGCCUGCCCGGCGCGCUCGGCGGCUUGCUCAUCAGCCUGUCGCAGCUGCUGUCCAUCGCCACGCGCGGGUCCAUGAUUGGCAUCUCGGGCUCACAUGAUUGUAAAACGCUACGGCUUGCUGCAGCCCUUCUUGGCCGUCACCUCAAUCUCAAUCUUCAUCUCGUCCUUCAUGAGCGCCGCCUGGAUCAUGGUCGCCGCCGGACGCACCGCGCCGAAAUACCGCUGCAGCACCGGCCACGUCGCGGCAAAGUCGGCGCGGUCCGGCAGGAUGUAGCGCACGCGCACGACGUCGGCCAUGCAGGCGCCGGCGUCGGCGAGCGCCUUGUCAAUGUUGGCGAGGGUCUGCUCGGCCUGCGCCGCGACGUCGGGGGAGAUCUCGCCCGUGGCGUAGUUGUACCUGGUAUCUCGAUUUAG